AUGGGCAAAUGCUGCAAGUGCAACAGGAGGCUGCUUUGCAUGUGCUUGCUGCCUUGCAUGAUGACUGGCCACCUUCUGAUUUAUAUCAUGGUUACCAUAUUCGUCACCAUCUCCUAUGCUCCCCCGAAAAUAACCGUCCACUAUAUUGCUCCAGGGAUUUCAGCAAAUUCUGGGGCCUUGGCUUCUCAUCCACUCAACCCCUUCUGGAAACUUCAUCUGGAACACAGCGCCCUGUGGAACCAGUUACAGCACUCCUUGGAUCGUCACUAUAAUCCCAUUCUACGAGGAAACAUGACUACAACAUCAAGGAAGCCGAAAGCAAAACUCUCAACUCAAAUUAGGGAUGAAUGUCUUUCUGGUUGUGUGUCGCACAAGUGUUCAGAACAUCAUCGAUAUGAUGUCAACAAUAUACCAGAACAAAUGAGAGCAUUUGUCAGGUCAAUGCAUUGCAGGAGUUAUCAAAUCCUUAUUAAUCAACCCGCCAUGUGCAAAAGGAACAAAACAAAAUCUGGUUUUGACUAUCCAAUGCUCCUCAUGGCCAUCAAAUCUCAAGUGGGGAACUUUGAAAACAGACAAGCCAUCCGUGAAACAUGGGGGAGCAGUGGUUUUGUGAUGGGCGAGUUCAAUAAGAAAGGUGGAUUUGUGCGUACUGUGUUUCUGCUGGGAAGGCAGGACUCGAGUACAGGACCUCACCCAGACCUGAAAAACUUUCUGGACCUAGAGAACCAAAAAUACAGGGACAUCCUCCAGUGGGAUUUUAGGGACUCUUUCUUCAACCUGACCCUGAAGGACUUGCUGUUUUGGCAUUGGCUCCAGCAAUACUGCCCCACAGCUGUAUUCAUCUUUAAGGGGGAUGAUGAUGUCUUUGUCCGAACUGGUGCCCUACUGGAUUACUUAAACAAGCGGUGGGAGGAAAACAAACUUCAGCGGCGGGCCAAUACAAAUGAAACACACAUGGAUUUGUUUGUGGGAGAUGUCAUUGAUAAUGCAAUGCCAAACCGGGAUCCAUCUACUAAAUACUACGUACCAGAAGGUUUCUACAAGGGUGCCUAUCCACCGUAUGCUGGAGGAGGAGGGGUGGUUUACUCUCGCUCACUUGCAUUACGACUAAAAGAGGUGUCCACAAGGGUUUUCCUUUUCCCAAUUGAUGAUGUCUACCUGGGAAUGUGCCUGCAAAGACUCGGGCUCUCUCCAAGUCAUCACCCAGGUUUUUUAACAUUUGAUCUCCCAGAGACGGACAGGGAGAAUCUUUGCACGUAUAAAUCUGUGCUGCUCGUUCACAGGCGGAGUCCCAAAGAGAUGCUGACAUUAUGGCACAAGUUGCAGAAUCUGCACAGUCAAUGUUGA